AUGGCAGAAUCAUCUAUCGAAAGAUAUAAAGUGCCAGAUGGAUUACGACCAUUACUUGAAGCAUUAGCUCGAGAAAUACUUAGAGCUCAACCAACUGAUUUAGUCAAUUUUUCAUUGCUUUUUUUCAAUAUGAUGCAACAACACUGCUUACGUAAUAACAUAGAAGACAUACUAAAACAACCUGAGCUAUAUGAUUCUUUCCAGAAUGAUUUGCAGAAACAGUACCAUAAAAAGAAGAACGAGCUGGCUGCACAAUCAUCAUCAAGUUCAUUAAAUGAAGCAGCAACAAAGAUACAAGCAGCAUUUCGUGGUCAUAUUGUAAGUGAAUAUGAU